UAAGGCACACACAAAAGCAUAAGCAAUGGGAAGCUUCUUUUCACACCCGACCGGGAUGGAAGUGGUCAAGAAAAAUCAGGAAUACAUUUCCGAGAUGAACAAAAUAAAGAUGGAGCGCUGGAUACAGAUGCACUUCCAGAUGAAGGAGCGCGAAACGGCGAUGCAGAUCUCACGGGCACGGGAACUCUUCUACUGGCUCGCCUCAUUCUAUGCCGUUUCCACCGUCGGACUAAUCGGAAGGUUCCGCCUCACAAAGCGUCCCGGAACGCUUGCACCGAUCGUGCCACUUUCGUUUGUGGUCGCUUACUAUGCUGAUCUCGCGUACGGGACAAAGAUCCAUCGAAUACAAGCCGAAGCGGAAAUGAUUAUGCACAAUGAGCCGGAGCUCCUCGAGUGGCCAAGCGGACUACCGACGGUUUCCGAAAUCGAUUCAGCACGGCUCGAUAUUGAUGAUAAGAUUCGGCUUCAUCCACAUCAGCUUUAA